AUGCUGGCCGCCCGCUGCGCGCUGCUCGCCGCGCUGCUGGCCGCGCCGGCCGCCCCGGGGCGCUGCCCCGCGCGGGAGGCGGAGGGCGACGUGCUGACCAGCAGGCCCGGCGCCAACGUGACCCUGACCUGCCCGGGCUGGCGGCCCGGAGACAACGCCACGGUCCGCUGGCAGCGCGGGCACCGCUGGGCCGGCGCGGGCGGGAGGCUGCUCCUGAGCGCCGUGCAGCCCGGCGCCUCCGGGGAGUAUUCCUGCUCCCGGGCCGGCCGCCCGGCGGGCACCGUGCGCCUGCUGGUGGAGGGUCCCCCCGAGGAGCCCGCACUCUCCUGCUUCCGGAAGAGCCCCGUCAGCAACGUGGUCUGCGAGUGGAGCCCCCGCAGCCCGCCGUCCCCGGGCACCAGGGCCGUGCUGCUGGUGCGGAGGUUCCAGUACGGGCCGGCGGAAGACUCCCAGGAGCCGUGCCAGUAUUCCCCGGAGUCCCAGAGGCUCUCCUGCCAGCUGGCCGUCCCCGAGGGAGACGAUGCUUUCUAUAUCGUGUCCCUGUGCGUGGCCAACAGUGCUGGCGGCAAGGCCAGCAGACCCCGCUCAUUCCAGGGCUACGAGAACCUGCAACCCGACCCACCGGUCAACAUCACGGUCACCGCCGUGGACCGGAACCCGCGCUGGCUCACCGUCACCUGGCAAGACCCGCCCUCCUGGAACUCCUACUUCUACCGGCUGCAGUUUGAGCUCCGCUACCGGGCCGAACGCUCCAAGGAAUUCACCACGUGGAUGGUCCCGGAGCUCCGGCACCGCUGCACCAUCCGCGACGCCUGGAGCGGCAGGAGGCACGUGGUGCAGCUGCGGGCCCGGGAGGAGUUCGGGCACGGCCAGUGGAGCGAGUGGAGCCCCGAGGUCCUGGGCAGCCCCUGGACAGAGCCCACGAGCUUUCCAACCGUGCUCCCGGUGGAGGCGACCUCCUCCGAGCAGGCACCUACUCCCGACCGAGACGACGGCAACAUCUCCUCACACUAUUCCGCCAACACGACCAGCUUCCCAGUGCAAGAGCCUCCAGUGCCGGUGUACACAUUCCUGGUGGCUGGAGGCAGCCUGGCCUUCGGAACCCUCCUCUGCAUCGGCGUGGUCCUGAGGUUCAGGAAGACGUGGAAGCUGCAGACCCUGAAAGAAAGCAAGGCCAGCAUGCACCCGCCGUUCUCCUUGGGGCAGCUGGUCCCCGAGAGGCCGAAGCCCACCCCGGUGCUGGUCCCCCUCAUCUCCCCGCCGGUGUCCCCCAGCAGCCUGGGCUCGGAUAGCACCUCGCAGCACAGCCAGCCCCGGGCCAGCGGCCCACAGAGCCCGUACGACGUCAGCAACAGAGAUUACUUCUUCCCCCAGUAG